AUGGUGGUCCCGGAGCUCUACUGGUCGUUGACAUUCGGCGCGAAGGUGGGAGGAUCAUCAGGGGGAGAGGGCUCGGCGCCACGGUGGGCGGAGGCAGGUACUGCUGCUUGUGCUGCUGUUAUUGCUGCUGCUGACCUUGCUGUUGGUGCCGCUGUUGGUCCUACUGCUGGUGCCACUGUUGGUCCUGCUACUGGUGUCGUUGCUAGUCCUACUGCUGGUGCCACUGCUGGUGCUGCUGCGGGUAGGAUGGGAGGAGGAGGAGGAGGAGGAGGAGGAGGAGGAGGAGGAGGAGGAGGAGGAGGAGGAGGAGGAGGAGGAGGAGGAGGAGGAGGAGGGCGAUAUUAA